AUGCGGCCAAGUACGAGUUGCAAAAAUACUAUUUAUUCUAUUUUGUAUAAUAAUUUCAGUUGCAAAUCAGUACAGUAUGGUAGAGACAUGGAAAAUAUUGCAAAACAAUGUUUUGAAAAUAUGUUUAAUCGCCAAGUAGUGUCUUGUGGUUUAUUUAUAGAUAUGGAGUAUUCAUUUCUUGCUGCAAGUCCUGAUGGUAUCAUUGAUAAUAAUGCUAUUGUUGAAAUUAAAGCACCGUAUGCAGCAAAAGAUACUUUAAAUAUAAAUGAAGCCGUAGAGAGUGGUAAACUAAAAUACUGUACAAUUGUAAAUGGUCAAUUGAAAUUAAAAAGUACCCAUGGUUACUUUUACCAAGUUCAAGGACAGCUACAUAUAACACAUAGGGAAAUGUGUUAUUUUAUAAUAUAUACACCAAACUGGACAUCGGUUGAAAAAAUAUUUUACGAUCAUGAUUUUUGGUCAUCGAAAAUGGUGGAUAAAUUAAAACAUUUUUAUUUAAAUUGUUUACUACCCGAAAUAGUUGAUCCAGUUUUUAAACAUCGUUUAAUGAUAUCCGACAUACGAGAACCAAAUAAAUCCGAAGCAGUAAAAUUGACAGUCAAAACAAAAUUAUUUUAA